AUAAAAAGGCACGCAGCCGCUCCAAGAAACCCUCGCCUCCACGCCGCUCGCUCUCUCCCUCUCUCUCGCCGCCGCGCCUGGGAAGGAGAAAGCAAGCCCACCCACCGGCCUCGCCGCCUCCUCCGCUUCCGAAGGGAUACUGCUAUUGGUUGGUGAUGGCUGAGCGGGGUAAUCAACCAACUGUACUCCAGAAGCUCGGUGGGCAGUUCCACCUUGCCUCCAGCUUCUCUGAAGGCGUGCGGGUUCGCAACACCUGUCCUUCUGUCUCAUCCUAUGACAGGCGUUUUACCACAAGGAGCUACAUGACCCAGAGCCUUUGGGGUCCCGCAAUGUCUGUCAAUGGUGGCAUCAACGUCCCAAUGAUGUCCUCUCCAAUUUAUGCUAAUGCUCCAGCUGAGAAAGGUGGCAAAAACUUCAUGGUUGAUUUUCUCAUGGGUGGUGUGUCCGCUGCUGUUUCAAAGACUGCUGCUGCUCCAAUUGAGCGUGUGAAGCUGCUAAUCCAGAACCAGGAUGAAAUGAUCAAGGCUGGCAGGCUCUCAGAGCCAUACAAGGGUAUCGGGGACUGCUUUAAGCGCACCAUCAAGGAUGAAGGUUUUGGCUCAUUGUGGAGAGGGAACACUGCCAAUGUGAUCCGUUACUUCCCAACUCAGGCCUUGAACUUUGCAUUCAAGGAUUACUUCAAGAGGCUGUUCAACUUCAAGAAAGACAAGGAUGGCUACUGGAAGUGGUUUGGUGGCAACCUUGCCUCUGGUGGUGCUGCUGGUGCUUCAUCUCUGUUUUUCGUGUACUCCCUUGACUAUGCUAGGACAAGGUUGGCCAAUGAUGCAAAAGCAGCCAAGGGAGGAGGUGAAAGGCAAUUCAAUGGCCUUGUGGAUGUUUACCGCAAGACUCUCAAGUCAGAUGGCAUUGCUGGGCUUUACCGUGGAUUUAACAUCUCUUGUGUUGGAAUCAUUGUCUACCGUGGCCUGUACUUUGGAAUGUAUGAUUCACUGAAGCCUGUUGUCCUCACUGGCUCUCUCCAGGACAACUUCUUUGCAAGCUUUGCCCUUGGGUGGCUCAUCACUAACGGUGCUGGGCUUGCCUCUUACCCCAUUGAUACCGUCCGCAGAAGGAUGAUGAUGACCUCUGGAGAAGCUGUCAAGUACAAGAGCUCCAUGGAUGCUUUCUCCCAGAUCCUGAAGAAUGAGGGUGCGAAGUCCCUGUUCAAGGGUGCUGGUGCCAACAUCCUCCGUGCCAUUGCUGGUGCUGGUGUGCUCUCUGGUUAUGACCAGCUGCAGAUCCUCUUCUUUGGAAAGAAGUAUGGCUCAGGUGGUGCCUAAAUGGGGAGGUAAUGAUGACGAACAAGAGGAGGUUGUUCCUGGUCCUGUCCUUACAGGAUCUGGGGAAUUUUGCCUUUUUAACAUUUAAAAAAUAAUAAUUCUUGUAGGGGAGAACAUUCCCAACAUUCGUUUUUGGUGGAACCAUCGAUCUCCAAACAUUUGUCAUAGGCGGAAGCGUUAAGUCUGCAAACAGUUUACCAUCAUCAUAGGGUUGAGUUUGUGUUGUGUCUGGCCAGCUCUGUGUGUCUGGCGAUUUUCCUUCCAUACAUUACCCUCGGUGAAAAAUCGAAAGAUUAUUGAGUUGCUAUCUUUUAUUGGGGUU